AGCAAAGAAGCAAAAAUGUAGUCACAUAUAGGUAACCGUUAAGGAAUCUAACAGUGCUACUUCUUCGAUGAGGGGCACAAAGAAAAGAGAAGCAAGGAAUGCAAAUAGAAAAAAAAAAUCCAAAUACUAGUAGUAACAGAAUAAAAAAAGAAUAAAAAUCAGUAUGGGCUGUCCACUAGACCAAGUCCAGCCCAUUCCAAAAUCGGGCCCAACACUGGCCAGCUGCGAGACAGUUGGCUGCUUCUCCCCUGAAAAGCCCCCGGGAGCAGGCUACGCCGGCUUAACCGUUGCGCCCACGGCGGAGCUGGCCGACGCGGCGACCCCGGCCACCGCGACGCGGCCGUCUCGGGAUCGCGCCUCCGACACCACCUUGCCGCAGGUAAGCCGCCGCCUCCUCUAUCCCCUCCGUACCAACAUCCCCCGCUCCCUCUCACCCUCGAUUGCUGCGCAGGCUCGCGCGGGUUGGGCUUCGGCGCUUCGCGGCGACGCUACCACCCUGCGCGGAGCAAUCGCAUCGCCGCUCCGCCGCACCUUGCUGCCGGUAAGCCGCAUCCCCCGACCGCGCCCCCGCCACCAAAUAGCAGCAGGGCCGAGCGCUUCACGGGGACGACACCACGCUCAACCAACAGGCAACAGCAGCGUGGGCUUCAACGCCGACGAGUCACCGGCGGACGCCCCAGGCCUGCUCCUCCCCCACCUUCCCGUGGAUUCGGGAAACCACGACGAAGAGCGCGCAGGGCCCAGCGAGUUCGUCAACGACCAAGCGGUGAAGCGCGAGGUCUCUUCCUAGGACCCUCCUCCAGCCCGUCGACUGAACACGCGGCGCCCCCUCGUCGACCGCUUCUCCCCAACCACGUUGGAAUCGUAUCUACUCAUGGAAUCCAGAAUCCCUUUGUUUGAUGAGAGCAGCUCAACCAGAGCCAGCCACUUGCCGAGGAAUUCAUCUUUCAGGUCUUGCUUCAAGAGGAAAUGGGAUGGGAUAUGUUCAGGUCUGACAAGUGCCAGGGAAUUUAUUCAGUUUGGCAACAGGGUGGAACUGGAGCCAAUGCCGUCUCAUCUGAAGAUAGGACAUGCUGUAGAGAUGAUUGAAGAUGAUGGUCGAACCUUCGUGGAAGCUACCAUUGAAGAUAUCAGAACUGGUAGUGGUUUGCUUCUUGUCAAGCCAAAGGGUGCUGUAUCUGAGGACGACUCCAUUCUGCUGCAAAAGGACAAGCUCCAACCAGUACUGGCUUGCUCCAGCGACACAGAGCAUCAAGGCACUGGUCCUCAUCCUAGCUUUACCAUAUAUGACAGUGUUGAUGUAUUGAAUAGUGCUGGCAAAUGGGUGAGAGGGGUCAUUGUUCAAUCUCCCACUAGCAAUGGGGACAGUUACCGUGUGCGGAUAUUCAAAGAGAAGGAUAACUUUGAUUCGACAUUUGCCCUCACCACAAAAAUGAGGCUGCAUUUUGAUUGGGAUAGAUCCAAAGGUUGGAUUGUCGAUGCCACUGAGACCAUUGGUCACCCUCUGAAUCAGGCGGUGGGCCUUGUCGGUCACCAAAGGGCCAAAAUUGUUAAGAUGUUAGAUGCACAACAUGCUGUAGUUGAGUUCUGUGAUCUGACAAAUUCGGAUGGCAAUCAUGUCAAGGAAGUCGUUCACAUCAAGGACUGGUACAAGAGUAGAUUGGCAAGAAGGUUGAAGGAGCUGAGAUAUUGGUUGGCUCCAACUGAUGAUCCAUUGCAAGAGUUCGAAUGUUACAUGCCUACCUAUACUUGCUUGGCUGUGUUAGCGGCAGUGUCACCUGUGCUCUUCACCAACUCAGCUGAAAAUUGGCCGGAUAACAUGCUACUGGUCUUCUAUUUGCUUGGCGGGCUCUGCUGUUUUGUAUCUCUGCUGCCUGUGGUUCGAAUCAUGUGUCGGAAGCCUACAGCAAGAACUCAGCUUCGCAUUUUGAGAUUGAUUUGUCUUACUUCUGUGGCCAUUGGUGUCGCAUUCCUGACAAUUCAUGCUGUGUAUGGGCAUCAGGCUCUGAUGGCGAGUAGGCAGAAGGCAAGAAGUGUAACAAUUGCUGGAUAAUCUUCGGUUCAGCUGUGCUCCAAAUCAAGAGAAGAAAUCAUCAGAAAAAAAAACAUCUCUCAUUCUGCCUCAUCUACCUCCGAAGUACAGAUUAUUUGCCACAAAUGCAACGUACAGUCUCUGUGGAAGGAUGAGAGUUUGAUCUCUGCUGUACGCUAACAAUUUGGUAUUCUCAGUUACUCUUGCACCAGUUUUGGAACAUUGGAAACGUAGGUGCGGAGAAAUAGUUGCAGUCAAAUUUUA